AUGUUUUUAUUUAACAGCUGUAAACUUCUGAACAGUACUGUUCGGCGAAUUGUUCAAGGUCCAAAAUAUUUCAACGGUCCAAUUAUGGGGAGUUCAUGUUCAAGAUCAUUUUCACCCAACAGUGGGCAGCCAAAAAAUAGAAAUGGUGCUGUAACAUCUGUUGAACCAAACAGUGAAUAUGUUGAAGAGGUUGUGUGUAAAGUUAACGAUAUCAAUGAAAAUGAAAUGAAGGUAUUUGAUAUCGGAGAGGAUGGGAAAGUACUGGUAGUGAAACAGAAAGGUGAGAUCAAUGCUUUGGGUCCUAAGUGUACUCAUUAUGGAGCUCCAUUAUCCCAGGGGGCUCUUGGAGAUGGAAGAAUAAGAUGCCACUGGCACGGCGCUUGCUUCAAUUUGAAGACUGGAGAUAUUGAAGAUUUCCCCGGUUUUGAUUCAUUGCCCUGUUAUCAAGUUACAAUCACUAAAAAAGGAGAAGUUAAGGUAAGGGCGAAGAAGAGUGAUUUGAAGACCAACAAGCGGACGAAGGAAUUGGUGGAAGUAACUGAAUUGGAGGAUACUUCUGUGGUCAUAGUAGGCGGUGGUCCAUCGGGCGGCACUUGUGCAGAAACACUGAGGAAUGAGGGCUUCAAAGGAAAAAUCACGCUUAUAUGCAAAGAGAAAUACUUGCCGUAUGACAGAGUUAAAGUCUCUAAGGUAAGCCAGAUCCCUGAAGUAUCAAAACUGGAAGCCCGCACCAGCGAUUACUACAGCAAAGCGAAGAUCGAUGUGAUUAGAGACAAUGAAGUUACUAAUGUUAAUACAGAGGAAAAGUAUGUCGAAUGUAAAGAUGGUAAAAAAGUUUCGUAUAAUUACUUAUAUCUAGCCAGCGGAACCAAACCCCGGGUCCCGGACAUUCCAGGCGUGGGUAUGAAAAAUAUUUUCACUGUUAGAGAUUACGACGAUUCUGUUAAUAUUUUCACCGCUCUGGGUGAUCAGAAAGAUAAAAACGUUGUUGUUCUGGGCUUCGGAUUCAUCGGUCUGGAAAUAGCGUCUACAUGUGUCGCCAAAGCAAAAUCCAUGACGGUAGUCGGUAAAGACACCGCCCCGCUCGCUAAUGUAUUUGGAACGAGUGUCGGUCAAAAUCUACAAAAACUAUUCGAAGAUAACGGUAUCAAUUUCGUUUUUGAAACCACUAUCGUGAAAUGCGACGGUGAGAACGGUUAUAUCAAAUCUGUGGAAUUGGCCAAUGGUUCUGUACUUCCGGCUGAUAUGCUUAUUUUGGGCGUGGGAACAACAUAUUACACUGAUUACCUAAAAGGCAGCGGUGUCAAUAUGAGACCGGACGGUUCCAUAGAAGUCAACGAAAUGUUAGAAACAAAUGUUAAGAACGUUUAUGCCGGUGGUGAUAUAGCUUAUGCCCCUGUGUUUGCUUUGAACAACGCUAAAUCGACGAUCGGACAUAUAGGUUUGGCUCAAUAUCACGGUCUGAAUGUAGCGAAAACAAUAGCUGGUAAGGGGUCACCGAUACGCGCCGUGCCGUUCUUUUGGACGAUGCUGUUCGGAAAAUCAAUCCGUUACGCUGGUAGUGGCAGAGCUGCCAGCUCACAGAUUGUUGGCGAUGUAUCUGAACUAAAAUUCGUCAUAUUUUUCUUCGAUGAAGCAGAAAAAGUAAUCGCGGUGGCGUCAUGUAUGAGAGAUCCAGUUGUAUCACAGUUCGCUGAACUCUUGUCCCAGGGCAAAUCGGUCCACAAGAAGGAUCUAGUCGAAGAUCCUUUUGUUUGGACAAAAUGGAUUAAUUAA